UAACCGCUUUUCGGUUUUAAAGGGCGAUUACAGCAAAAAAAAACCAAGUAACGUUUUAACGCGGGUCGUAAAGAGUUGGUUGGACGGAGCGAGCGAACACGCCCCCUCCAGUAAACGAGUCAUUGCUUUGAAUCUGAAUGAAACCCAACAAAGAUCUCCUGACCGACGACACGAGAGAGAGGCGCGUCGUUCAUCGCGUGCUUUAAUAAGUAUCGUUCACAGCAACGCAACGGAAGCGGAACAACUGAGGUGUUGGGAAAACGCACGCGAUACUCACUCUUAGACACGCAACUAUACCGGAAAACCGCAUCUGUAGCGAAUGACUCGUUUUUUUUUUAGCGAUUCGGUUGAGUAAAUUAAAGACUCACUCACGGCACGCGCUGAUCGCCAUCUACUGGAGCAACCGCGCAAUCUGCAUAAACCCGCGAACAGGUCGUUGUGUGAUUCAAAAGAUUCGAGUCACUGAGAUGAAUCCAAGUUCCCACCGGUGACCUGCAGUGUUUCCACGUUGCGGAACGCGUGCGGCGGAACCCUCUCGCGUUCAAACGCGACCGAUUCACCGAAUUCGCGGCAUCGCCAGAAGGAGGCCCGACUACCGCGCGCCGAACGGGACGGGGUGGUGGUUAUGGAAAAAUGAUGGUGAGCAGGAUGAUUGGAGAUGAGAAACGUGAUCUCAGUGAGCUGCUGGACUGGCUCAAUGGCAUACUGCAAACCACCUUCAGCCAAGUGGAGCACACCUGUUCAGGUGCCGCUUUUUGUCAGAUAAUGGACAUCAUUCACCCUGGAUCUGUCGACAUAAAUAAAGUGAAGGUCGCAGCCAAAGAGGAUGUAGACAUCUUGGAUAAUUACAAUCUGCUACAGGACGCUUUCAACAAGGCAGAAAUCAAGAAAGAACUGGAGCUGAAAUUGUUGGUGAAUGGAGACAGCCUGAAAACAUUAGAUUUGCUUUCGUGGUUCAAAGAUUUUUAUGAUCACAGUGUUGCAAAGCAGAAGUGUAACACACAGGAGGUGCCAUUGAAAUCAAGCGGACAGUUUGAAAUCUCUAAAAAGGAAAAGCAAUCUUCAAGACACUACAGUCCUGUACAGACAAAGUAUCUAAACCAGAAAAUGCUGCAUUUUAAGAAGGGAUCGCAUGAAUCUGUCUUCCAGAAUCCAGCCACAAUGUCUUUCAUCAGAAAGUAUGGCUCAUCUACCUCACCUGAUGCCGGAUCAAACUUUGUCAGUGGCAAGGGUGGUCUAGUAUUAGGCCAGAAAUGCCUAGAAAACAUUACAUCAUUGUUCAUUCAGACUCCAUACUGCCUUUAUGUAUUCCAUGGAGUUGAGCUUGAGGACGAGAACAAAGCCAGCGUGUUGCUGUUGGGCUUUUUUGACAAAGUUGCUGGAGAAACCAAAAUCAGAUUGCUUGAUGUUCUUCAUCCACAGGAAGAGACUGCCGAUGCCUUCUGUACCUGCAUUGUGGACGUGCUGAAGAAGUUCAGAAUACCUCUAAUGAACAUGGCAAUAUUUUAUUCAAAUUUCCCAGAUCACGAAGAUCUUCUCUCAGAUCUGAAGUUGCUGAAACCUGAGAUUGUGUCUCUAUGUGGACUUACAGAUAUGGCAGGACGAGUCUGUCACAAUGGUGUUAAGAAAAUGGAGAUUUCUGGCCCGAUUGUGAAACUCAUCACCGAGAUCUACAAGCACUUUCCAUCUUUCCCAGCUUCUCUACAAACUUUGCUUGACGUCGAUUGUUUGAACUUCAAUAAUAUCCUGACAUCCCAAUGCUCUCUCUUCUGGAGAAUCAUCCAGAAAAUGACUUUAGCUUGGUCGGACCUUGAGAAAUACUUUGGAUCUCUGGAUGCAGAUGAAGCAGCGAUCUGUUGUCUUCUUAGUGAUCCCAAAAUAAGACUCAGCAUCCUAUUUCUUAGCCAUGCUUUGAAACCGCUUUGUGACUUUCAGGAGAAUGUUGACCGAGGUGUCGGCGUGACGCAGCUCCUCCAAGAUGCUUCUCAAUUAGUGAGAUUCUACACAGCGAGUUUCCUCAGACCAAAAGCAGCUGAGUUUUUUCUCAGAAGAGGAAAGAUCUCGCUUAUACAGGAAACCGUGGGACAUUUGCCUAGAGGAGAGGUUGACGUUGGCAAACAGGCUGCUGAUUUUCUCCUGCAAUCCUCUGAAGAGUUGACUGACUAUUUGGAGACUUUCCACAGUUCUGUCAUCUCUUUCUACACGACUGUGACUGUUGAUAUUGUUCAGCAUUUGCCCUUCUCAGAUUCCACCAUGAGAAACUUGCCAUUAGUGCUGUGUCCAGGAAAAAAGCUUGAAGUGACUGGCAAAACAGUCCAAGAUUUAGGUGUCUGUUUUGGGGUUUGCUCAAGCCCCGGGAAUGUCAGCUUACUCACAGAUGAGUUUUUGGAGUAUCAGUUCAUUGAUGGAGGUGACACACACCCAGCCGACCAGUCAGUGGAGGAGUACUGGAAGACUGAGCUGAGAAUUAUGGGAAGGACUUCAAGUUUUGGGAAAUUAAUCGUUAGCUUGUUGGCAUUGCCCAAAACCUUGAAAAAAGAGAUGAUUUUUGAACAGGUGUUUCAACAAACUGACUAUCUCAAGGAGAUGAAAGUGGAGGACUUUGAGGAGAAGGACAUGGCUGAGGAUGAUGUGACAGACAGCAGCUCAUAUAAAAGUGCUCCGUCACAUCUCAGCCCAGAGACUCAAGGAAGCAUCACAUCUGAUAUCAUUGACUUAACGGAAAUGGAGGAUAUGGCACCAAUAGACGUGGAGGACAUCGCACCAAUGGAAGUGGAUGAUAUUGUGGCAAUCUCUUCUGAUUCAGACACAGAAAGGGAAAAUAACACAGAAGAGGAUCAUCCGCAUGUGUCUGUAAUCUUGGAGGAUGAUAAUGAAAUCACUGAUGAUGAUGAUGACUACAACUGUGAUGCUGCUGAUGGCACAUGGAAUAACGUGGAUGGUUUCACAGUGGGUGAGAUGGUUUGGGGGCCCAUUGAGGGUUUUGGUCUUUGGCCUGGACUGGUUCAGAGCUGGGACAGCAAGAAGCCUUGUGGUUCCAUGCGUAAAGUGAUUUUCUUUGGGAAUAGGAUGCUGUCAGAGGUCCAAGCAGAUGACCUCCUACCCUUCUUUUCAUUUGCCAAGUGCUUCUGUUCAAAUUCCUUCGCUACAGUAAUGGCGUAUAAAGACGCAAUUUUCAGUUCUCUGCAGGUGGCUUCCAGACGCAGUAGAAUGUUUUUUUCUCCUGAGAAAGACUCUAAAGAUGAACUUCUUAGAGUCAUGUUGGACUGGGCUUUUGGGGGCUUUGAACCAUUGGGGCCAGAUGGACUUCAAUCAGGAUGCAAUGACAAGAUUCAUAUGCCUCGAUCAAUGAAUAGCACCAUUGGAAAAGACAAAGACCCCACAGGAAAGUUAUUUACAUUAACUGUGCCUCUGAGAAAACUCCCUGAACCCCUGGAUCUGCACAAUGGCUCAGUAGACCUUGGGACAACAGAUGUUUAUAGAAAACGCAUGCAUUCAAAAUGGAAUCAGACAUCUUGGCAGAAUGUGAAGACCCGUAGAAAACAAAAAUACACACCACGGAAUAAGCCUCAAAAUAUUACCCCAAGUGUACAUAUCGAGUCCAGACAAAACAGCCAAAAAAGAAAUCAAAUGGUGCAUGAAUUUUUGGAAAACAAGAGAAACAUUGAAGAGUUUUGUUUAUCAUGUGGGAGUACGCCUGUUGAAAUCAUCCACCCACUCUUCGAAGGAAGGCUGUGUUCCAACUGCAAGUUUAACUUCACGGAGACGCUGUACAGAUAUGAUGAAGAUGGCUAUCAGUCUUACUGCACCGUCUGCUGUUCUGGCCUGGAGGUCAUUCUGUGCGGCCAUAACAGCUGUUGUCGCUCCUACUGUGUGGACUGUCUGGAUAUCCUAGUGGGUGAAGGGACAUUUAACCGGCUGAAAAACGUGGACCCGUGGACGUGUUACCUGUGUGCACCUGAGAGCAGCUCAAGAGCUUUGAAGCCCAGGCGUGACUGGAGCAUCCGAGUGCAGGAGUUCUUUGCCAACAACAGUGCCAUGGAGUUUGAGCCCCAUCGAGUUUACCCAUCAAUCCCUGCUAACCAGCGACGUCCAAUCAGAGUGCUCUCUUUAUUUGACGGUAUAGCCACAGGAUACCUUGUUCUAAGGGAUCUUGGUUUCAAAGUUGAAAAAUAUGUGGCCUCGGAAGUUGAUGAAGAGUCCGUUACCAUUUCUAUGGUCAACCAUGAGGGGAAAAUCACUUAUGUGGAUGAUGUAAAGAACAUUACGAGGAAGCAUAUUGACACAUGGGGCCCGUUUGAUCUUCUCAUUGGAGGAAGUCCUUGUAAUGACUUAUCCAUAGUAAAUCCUGCCCGGAAAGGCUUGUAUGAGGGAACAGGGCGGCUCUUUUUCGAAUAUUACAGGCUUCUGAAUGCUAUGAAACCUAAGGAAGAUGACCCACAGCCGUUCUUCUGGCUGUUUGAGAACGUGGUGUUCAUGCAAACCCACGUUAAAGCUGACAUUUGCCGCUUUCUGGAAUGUAACCCUGUGCUUGUUGAUGCUGUGAAAGUGAGUCCAGCUAACAGAGCAAGAUACUUCUGGGGGAACAUACCUGGCAUGAACAGACCGAUCAUAGCGUCUCAGAAUGAUAAACUGAGUCUUCAGGAAUGUCUGGAGCCUGGCCGCACUGCAAAGUAUGAAAAGGUUCGCACUAUCACCACACGGCAAAACUCACUGAAGCAGGGCACCAACAGCGCGCAUUUCCCCAUCACCAUGAAUGGAAAAGAUGACAGUAUAUGGAUCACAGAAAUGGAAAAAAUAUUUGGAUUUCCGAAACAUUACACAGAUGUGAAAAAUUUGGGGCGUGUACAGAGGCAAAAAGUAUUGGGGAAGUCCUGGAGCGUUCCUGUCAUCAGACACCUUCUAGCACCUCUGAAGGAUUACUUUGCUUGUGAUGAGGUCCCCUUGAAAUAAACAGACUACCGGUUAUAAUCUUUUUCUGUCAGCGUGAAAAGACUCAGGAACAUGAGGAUGUGUUUCUUUUUAAAUAUUUUACCUUUUUUAAAACUAAAACGGCAUGACUAGCCGAUGAAUUGUUUGGAAUAAUGGACGCUGGGAAACUGAAGAAAGUUGAUCCCGUUUUAUUGAAUGCUGCAUCAAAUCACACGUCACUUUUUGAAAAUGUUACUUUCUCAAAAUGCAACCAUGUUUAGCUACAAAUGGAGUAACAGAUUUGAGACUGAGAAAAAUGAAUAAACAUGA